GAAAAAUGGUGUAUUUGACUAAUAAAAGUUUUCUAAAAAAGAAAUUGUAAAUAUUCUUCCUAUUUAUAACGCACUAAUUGAGAAGUGGAUGACAUAUUGACCUGAAGUGUGUUGUGUCCGAGAAAACGAGCGUGAAAAGAAGUGACUACGAUUUCUGCUUGACUGUGUGUGAAUCGUGUGAGAGAGCGAGCGAGCAAGCGUUAAAAAGGAAUUGUUACAACAUAAAAUAUUACCAUUUUGAUAGCCAAUAAAAAUGGAUUUUGUGCAAGUGUCCGAGGAGGAAGGGGAUGAGCCAAUUGAGCUGCCCGCUGAAGAGGAUGGCACAUUGCUUUUAUCAACACUUCAAGCCCAAUUUCCUGGCUCCUGUGGGCUUAAAUAUAGAAAUAUGGACACCAAAGCUGUGCGAGGCGUGCGGUCAAAUGAAGGCCGACUCUUUCCGCCCAGCGCUGAUUCGGGUUGGGGAGAGUAUAUCUACUUUUGUGUCUUUCCUAAAGGUAUACCAAAUUUGAGCAGCUCUGCCGAAGAAAUCGACAGUCCUUAUCGCCCCAUAUUGCCUCCCAUAGAGAACAAACGCAAGAGCGAUGAUAACUUGGAGAAUUCAACGGCAAAAACAAAACGCAUUGAAACCCGUCUUCGUUGCACCGAUCUUAUUGUAUUGGGUCUGGCUUGGAAAACAACAGAGGAAAGCUUGCGAGAAUACUUUGAAAGCUAUGGUGAAGUGCUUAUGGCGCAGAUUAAAAAAGACGUCAAGUCGGGGCAGUCGAAAGGUUUCGGAUUUGUACGCUUUGGCUCAUACGAGGCACAAAUGCGCGUGCUUGCCAAUCGUCAUCUUAUCGACGGCAGAUGGUGUGAGGUCAAAGUGCCAAACUCAAAGGGUAUUGGUCAUCAGGUGCCUUGUAAAGUAUUCGUUGGACGCUGCACUGAAGAUAUUAAUUCUGAUGACUUACGCGAUUACUUUUCAAAAUUUGGCGAGGUCACCGAUGUCUUCAUACCACGACCUUUUCGGGCAUUUAGCUUUGUCACUUUUCUAGAUCCUGAUGUGGCACAAUCUCUAUGCGGGGAAGAUCAUAUAAUUAAAGGAGUCUCAGUGCACGUAUCGAAUGCUGCUCCUAAAGCCGAACAAAAUCGUCAUCAAGGGCCAAGUUACAACUAUAACUCUGGGAGUAAUUUCGGAAUGCAUUCGUACCACCCGCAGGGAAACCACAUGAACUCUGGCCGAAGCGGACACCACAGAGGUAAUAACCAACACAUUGCACACGGAGGUGAUAACACUGCAAUCGGCAAUAGUCACAGCAACAUGGGCAGUGGUGGCUACGGCAUGGGUGGCAAUAAUUUUAUUGGCAAUUCGGGGGGGGGCAGCUACGGGAAUAGUAGUAAUCAUAAUCACAAUCAUAAUCAUGGUCACAAUAGUGGAGGGAAUAUGAAUCGCCCUGAUGGCAUUCCCUAUAAUAGGCAGUCAAAUUUUCAUGGCAUGAACCAGCCGCAUAAUGGUAACGUAGGUAAUGGUGGCUGGAUGAGCAGGGGACAUUUGGAUAUGCCUAACCUCCAGGCAUUAGGCAUUAAUUCUCAAGGAUCAAGCUCUUCAAAUCAAGGGCAAAACAUGAGCAACCCUUUAGGCGUCGGACUUAAUUUAAACUCAUUGCCGAUGAACCCUGCUUUGGUUGCUGCUGCGUUGAAUCAGUGGAGCCUUCUUGGCAAUCAGCUGCAAAAUCAAAACCAGGAUCAGCAGGGAGGAAAUUUUUUAUCCUGGAUGGCCCAAAACGGCGGAGGCGGACACAAUUCAUGUAAUAUCGGUAACUCAGGCGGACGCAAAGGAUCCAAUAACCCAAACAAUUCUGGCGCCGGUGGAAUGAAUAUAAAAGGAGACAAUUCCGGCUCUAAUGAUCAGAAUGGUGGCAACUCUUGGUCAAAUCAAAGCAGUGGUUCCCAAAACUCAGUGGACAAAUCCAAUUUUCUCUAAGUAUUUUAUAUUUAACUGCAUUAUUUACCAAUUUGUUUGGUACUAAAUACUUAGCUAUUCCUACCUUAAUAUGUGUACAUAUGAACAAAUACAAAAAUAUGUCAACAUGAAAUAGAAAGUUAACUUAUCUAUCAA